AUGAAAAGAAUUGAAAAGUACUCCUCUGCGUCCAGCACCAUCUACCAGUACCACCACAAGGACGGCGAGGACAGCGACACCAGCACCAACGGCGGCAACGACUCGGACGGCGCCGGCGAGGACGAGGACGCUGAGGUGCUCGGCGAGUCCACGCAGGCGGAGCAGCUGCUGCCCAGCGGUGACUUCUACCAGGGCGACCUGCACGGGGACCUCCAGCAUGGUGUGGGCAAGUUCCUGUGGACCGACGGUAGCAUGUACGAGGGCGCCUGGCGCCGCGGCCACGCGUCGGCCGCGGCAAGUUCUCCUGGACCAUUGGCGCCACACGAGGGCAACUUCGCUGGCGGGUACAUGCAUGGCCAGGUCACCUACAUUGGCGAGUUCGGGGACACCUUAGCGGGACUCUGGACCAACAACCUUCGCCACGGCCGGGGCACGCAGGCGUACGCCAACGGUGAUGUCUAUGACGGUGACUGGUGCCACGACCAUGAGUACAUCGGCCCCUGGAGGUCUGGCGACAUGCAUGGCUGCGGAACCGUCAUCUGGGUUGACGGCGACCGCUACGACGACACAUGGGAGGACACCAAGCCCAAGGGCCAGGGCACAUUCCGGAUAGUGGCAGCAAAUAACAAACCAUGUCAAGAUCUUACAAAGCUAAAGCAUCUAAAGAUCUGA